GGACCGCGGUCCGGUCUGGAAAUAUUUCGAACCGACGGUUCCGAACCGAUAUUCCCCCAUGACGCACACUAUUCCCUGCUGCACUGCUGGGCUGUGAUCAAUCGUCAGAGAGGAGGUAGCAUCGAAUAUCACAGCUCGAUCCCGUUACUCCUACGACGCUGGGGAAUAGCUACACAGAUUAGGAGCCGUUCUAUUGUCGUCACGUUAGGAAGGUUUAGAACGGAUCAACAAAUCACAUACACACACUUCCUCCAAGAUAACAGACGAACCACAGUUGGAUCAUAAGCGAGGGUUCAUUGGUAUGGAACCAAACCAGAUUGGAGCAGGCCAAAAUCCCUCACCCACAACGGCAUAAUAUUUCCUGCCAUGGGAACUGAAGUCUAUUAUCCGUAAAUAUGUUUGAGCUAGCGCCGGCCCCCUUCCAAGAGCAUUGCUGUGGCCUAUUGCGUCUUCGUCUCUUGUAUUCAAAUCAGCAGUAGCAUAUAUAAAUUGCCUUGAGACGAACCAGUGCGUCGCUGUCGCCGAAUGUUCCCGUCGGCCAAGUUGAAUAAUAGCCAAUAGCCUGAAUCUGGAUUCACACUCUGAACAACGUCUGUGAAUUGUGAAUUGUCGCAACGGCAGCAGCGCUACGCUAAGGCACUUGUUUCGAGCUGUUAAUAAACGAAAUCACAACGACCCUCCUCUUGCCUCCCCAUGAAGCACGACAUAUAUUUAUAUCUCCAUUCUGAAUUACACCCGUCUCACUCGAACCCGGAAGCAACGCGACUGCGGUCUUUGCUGGUAUAGACAGGACUAUAUUCCCAGAUGCUCAAUAACAUCAGACGAACGAUCCUUCCUUCAAUCCAGCCGCUGCUGGCUCUGUGCUGCAGCGAAGACGAUACGGGAGUUAGCUAACACUUGCUAGGGAUCUGUUUCGAAUUCUGGAAGGCUUAAAGAGAGCAGGAACCUAUUGAGGUUGUUGGCCAAGAUGCCUACCUUGGCAGUGACAAAUUUUAACAUUGUUUGCUCGGUGCUUGGCGGCUUCAUUACUUUGUUUGGACUGGUAUCUUAUUUAUUCAAGGAGAAGUUCUACCUCUCUGAAGCAUUGAUAUCGUUGCUCGCAGGAGUCAUCCUCUCCCCUCACGCUGCGAAUUUUAUCAAACCAUUCGAGUAUACAAUCACGCAGGCCAAUCUCGAUACCACGACGUUAUACUUUAGCCGCCUUGUGCUUGGCAUACAAUUGGUCAUCGCAGGUGUUCAACUCCCGAGUCGAUACCUUCAGAAAGAAUGGAGACCACUCUCGCUCCUCCUUGGCCCAGUCAUGGCAACCAUGUGGCUAACCAGCAGUCUUCUCAUCUGGGCCAUGGUCCCGCACCUACCGUUUCUCCAUGCUUUGGCUAUUGGCGCAUGCGUUACGCCUACAGAUCCCAUCCUUUCGAACAGCAUUGUGAAAGGGAAGUUUGCAGACAAGAACAUUCCUAAGGACUUGCAAAAGAUCAUUAUCGCUGAAUCUGGGGCAAACGACGGGUUGGGGUAUCCCUUCGUUUUCUUGUCCCUCUACCUGAUCAAGUACACGUCCGAGGGAGGACUCGGUCAGGGAGGAGGAGCGCGAACAGCAAUAGGACUCUGGUUUGGCGAGACCUUGGGGUACACAAUUCUGCUCAGUGUCAUCUACGGUGCUACUGUUGGAUGGAUAGCAAAGGAGCUACUCCAUUGGGCUGAGGAGAAGAACUUUGUGGACCGAGAGAGCUUCCUGGUCUUUGCCAUCACGUUAGCAUUGUUCAUCGUAGGCACGUGUGGCAUGAUCGGUAGCGACGAUGUCCUGGCUUGCUUCAUUGCCGGGAAUACUUUCACUUGGGACGACUGGUUCCGGCUGGAAACACUGGACGAUUCUCUACAGCCUACCAUUGACAUGCUCCUCAAUCUCUCCAUCUUCAUAUGGUUCGGUGCGGUCUGCCCGUGGGAGAGCUUCGCGCGGAAUUCUGUGGUGCCGAUUUACCGUCUAGUCUUUCUCGGUAUCUUAAUUCUCCUUCUACGGCGCCUUCCCAUAAUCUUUGCCCUCCACAGAUCAAUUCGUCAGAUCGACGAGGCUAGGCAAGCAAUAUUUGUUGGGUUCUUUGGGCCGAUCGGCGUAUCCGCUGUCUUCUACAUAUAUAUCAGUCUUGAAUUCCUCGAAACUAUUACAGUAGACGGUGUUCAGCGAGCCGAUGCUGCGAAGCUCGGUGAGACCCUCACGAUUGUUGUUUGGUUCUUGGCUAUAUGUAGCAUCGUCGUACACGGUCUCAGUAUCCCCUUAGGAAAACUCGGCUUCUUUCUGCCAAAGACGCUGUCCCGAGCAUUCCCAUCACAAGGCAACGACGAGGUUCCGGCCUUCCAAAUUAUGGACCGUGUCCGAACUUCGCGGGCUGAUAUUCUGCGGGAACGCAAGAAGAUGCGUGGAGAACCUUCAAGGCAAUCGACACCUAAUCUCUCGGCUUCGACUUUGACAACUCGGCCGAUUUAUAGGAUUGGCGGAAGGGUGAUAAGGGAUGGGAAUACGGGAACUGCUACGACGGCCGAGAGUAGCCGGCCAUCAACUCCACCCGCUGUUGUCACUAAUCGCACGAUUCGAUUCCCUGAUGAUGAACGGCCGGCGGCUCUUUGAGCCAGAGGCAGCAUCCGAAGCAGCGCUUGCCCACUAGCUCUGUCAGAGGGAAUGCUCAACGUCUCGGCAGGGAUGGACAGUUCAAUAAACUCUGGAUGACACUUUGGCCGAAUUCCAUAUAAAAGGGCAGUGCGGCGCGGGCGGGAAGGCUUGAGGAGCAUGGCUAUCGCCGCCAAAUCUUGGCGGCGAUAGCCAUGCCUGAUCCGCUGCGUGCUACACCUGGUUUGGUUGACAGCUGUUAAGCGAGCCUCAAUUAACCCUCCAUGCACUGUUGAGCAGCGGCCCAUGGGAUAUUUCGCAUGAGGCAGAGCCUGACCCAGAAGUCUUUGCUGCUUUGUGCUCUGUGAAAAUCUUUAGAUAUAUUAUGGGGCCAGUAAGAAGACCGCCCCGAAUUUGUAUGCGAGAUUUAAAUAAACGGAAGUGAUAAAGCUCACGUUCAUUCACUAGCAAGCCCACGUGACGUGUAAUAAUAUAGACUCGCCGAUAGCUCCCCCACGACCACAGAC